CAAUCACUAGCUUGGGGCUAUAUCCUCAUUCCCAAACCUCCCCAGUUCAGAAAUCUCCCAUGUAUUCGAGAACUUUCACGCGCUUGUCACCCCCCCGACCAUGGCUGAAGAUCUUCUCUGCCAUUUUUACGAAACCAAAGUCGUCGUGGACCUCCGGCCUCCGCACACUAGAGAGGAGCCGAAGUUGACGGCUACAGAACGAAUCCGUCUUUGGACUACAUUCCGCGGUGUGUGGGACCUCAUAAAGAAGCUACCUGACGAGGGCGGCGCAGAGGACGCAACCUCAGCAAUCGGUUCCCUCCCAGCAAGAGAUGCUUACUUGACGUGGGAGAUAAUAAGUUUCCUUCUUUGCUGUCUGUCAAAACCCGACCUUCGAGAUAUUUUGCGACUGCAAAGUGGAACUGAAGACUUUUAUGAUCGAGUGGGCGGAAAAGCCGGCAUCGUACCCCUCCUUUCCAGUUGCGGUGACCGGCUGAGGCGCCUAGCGGAAGAUCCGAACUCAACUUAUCGGGGUCACUCACUUCCACCAAAGACGCCUCUAGGUUACUUUGGAAUCUUCGAUCACUGGCAAGAGGAAUAUAUGGAGCAAUUUGACUAA